GCCGUGAAUAUUAGUUGGUCUCAAUGCAAGAUGUACUUUACUGUUCAGUUUUCCAUCUUCCGCGAUUCCGAGCAUACUGCAAGUUAUUUCAUAUUGCUAUGUGACCUGAAAGUUAUUUUAGAAUAAUAUAAGAUAAAUUAUACUUGCGACAAGUGUUUUAUAAUUUGGUAUAAAAAUAGUGUAUUCUUAAAAUGAUUGAAUCGGUUGAAAGUAUAUUUUCUUCCAAAAUAUUUUGGAUAUUUGCUUUGUUGUGUAUUCUAUACUUAUACUUCAAAAUAAUAGUCUUUACGUACUGGAAAAGACAUGGAAUACCUCAUGAUAGUUUCACAAUACCUUUUGGUAUUUUCAACAAUGAUUUUUUCAUGCAAAGAACAACGAUGGGUAAUGUAGUGAAAAGUAGCUAUGAAAAAUUAAAAAAAAAUCGUUUUCACGGAUUAUACAUAUUUCACACACGAGUUUUGAUGAUCAACGAUCCGGAAUUAAUUAAGCAGAUAUUAGUCAAAGAUUUUGCAAAUUUUUGUGAUCGAGGACUUUAUGAUAAUGCCGAAAUCGAUCCACUGAUUGGACACUUGUUUUUUUUAAGCGGUGACAAGUGGAGGACGUUGAGAGCUAAAUUAUCACCGACUUUCACAUCCGGAAAACUAAAACAUAUGUUUCCCAUUUUAAAUGACAUCGCACAUGAAAUGUUAUUAGUCACAGAAGAAAAUCUAAGGAAAACAAAUAUUAUUGAAAUGAAAGAUCUGAUAGCAAGAUAUACUACAGAUACAAUUUUUAGUCUUGCCUUCGGAUUAAAUAGUCAGGCACUAAAAUAUCCAGACAGUGAAUUUCGCCACUAUGGUGAUUUAACGAUUGAAACCAACAUAAUACGUGGGUCUUUGGGAUUUUUUGCACCUAAAAUACUUUACGCUUUGAAACAACCAUUUACGGAUCCUAAAGUUAUAAAGUUCUUUACAGAACUGUUUAAAGAUAUGGUAGAUAAAAGAAGGUCAGAGAAAAUUAAAAGAAGAGACUUUUUAGAUUCCUUGAUAGACCUUAUGGACAAUGAACAAAUAGUUGAUAGGGAAAUGGAAAAUUCGAGCAAAGAUAUAAGCGCAGAAAAAAUUGCAAGACGACUAGAACUAUUGGAAGCAACAGCACAAGCUUUUGUAUUUUUUAUUGCUGGAUUUGAAACAUCUUCUUCAAUAGCUACGCAUUGUCUAUACGAACUUGCGUUGAACCCGCAAAUACAGGAAAAUGUACACAAGGAAAUUGAUGAAAUACAAAAUAAUUCAAAGUCCUUCACAUAUGAAACUUUAUUGCAGCUGGAAUAUCUAGAUAUGAUUUUCCUCGAAACAAUGAGAAAACAUCCAUCUGUGCCAUUUUUAAAUCGUGUCUGUAUCAAUGAUUACAAAAUACCGAAUUCUAACUAUACUAUCCCGAAAGACAUGGGUUUGAUUAUUUCAGUUUCUGGAUUGCACAUGGAUCCAGAUAUUUUUCCUGAACCUGGAAAGUUUGAUCCUACAAGAUUUAACAAAGAAAACAUGACAACUAGGCAUCCUUAUUCUUAUUUACCAUUUGGUGAAGGUCCAAGAAUCUGCAUUGGUAAACGUUUAGGAAUACUUCAAAGUAAAAUGGCUCUAUUUCAUCUGCUGUCAAAUUAUAAAUUUUCUAUAUGUGAAAAAACCCCCAUACCAAAUUAUUAUUCAUCUAAAUCUAUUCUUCAGACACCUCGUGAUGGCGUGUAUUUAAAAGUUGAAAAGAGAAAGUAAAUUUAUGUAGAGUACUUUGGGUAAAAACAAAAAGCUAUCUCAUAAUAG